GCAAUUGGGUCCUCGGGCUGAGGGCGUGAGGCCAUGAGGUGACGAGAGCCUGUGUCCGGCCUGCGGAAGAUGUCCACCGCCUCUGCAAAUAGGCCUGCGGGGAGAAGCCCGGCCGGAGUGCCUCUCAGGCCAGUUUGGGGCCGGGCCAGGGCCUUUCGGGGAGCAGUCCAGGGGGGCCGGUUCCAGGAGACACCUUGGCACGCCUGGAGCCCCCACGUGGUGGCCGGGGCCGGAGCGCCCGCGCCCCCAAGGGCUGGGAAGGGGCCCGCCCUGCGCUCCGGGCUGGGGACGGGCCCGGGCGGCGGGCCUGCGCCGCUAAGGGCGCCUCCUCCGGGCGUGUUCGGCCGACGCGCUUCCUGACGGGCUUCAGUGCCUCCCCCGGCUCGAAGGAGUCCCAUUUAACGCCGUGGGGCACAGUCCUCUGGUGAGGGGACGCCUGGCGAGCCAGCUGCGGACCGGUAGCCAGGGGCAGCCGGGCUCGGGGCAGCCGGGGCCUCUGAAGGCCAGAAGAACUUCCCGAGCCCGGGCCGAUAUGGUGGUUUUGUUGCGCUCCCGAGUGACAGCCCUCGUAGUGUUGGACAACCAAAGGCCAAGACCUCUUGGCCACACGUAGGUCGCGGACUUCAGGUGUCUGGUUAGGAGAAAAGGAGCGACCUGUUGAUCUUUUUUGCGGGGACUCUGGGUCUCGGUCCAAGGGAAUAUGAUGGUGAAGUCUUUGGAUUUAGAGACAAAACCAGAAGUGAGCCCAUGGCAAGCCCAGGGAAGGACAAUUACCGAAUGAAGAGCUAUAAGAACAAUGCUCUAAACCCUGAGGAAAUGAGACGAAGAAGAGAGGAAGAGGGCAUUCAACUCCGGAAACAGAAACGGGAGCAACAACUUUUUAAACGGAGAAAUGUGGAGCUGAUUAAUGAAGAAGCGGCCAUGUUUGAUAGUCUGCUGAUGGACUCUUAUGUGAGCUCUACAACUGGGGAGAGUGUGAUCACAAGAGAGAUGGUGGAGAUGCUCUUUUCUGAUGAUUCUGACUUGCAGUUAGCAACCACACAGAAAUUCCGGAAACUGCUCUCCAAAGAACCAAGUCCUCCAAUAGAUGAAGUUAUCAAUACCCCAGGAGUAGUUGAUCGGUUUGUAGAGUUUCUGAAGAGGAAUGAGAAUUGUACAUUACAGUUUGAAGCUGCUUGGGCUCUAACAAACAUUGCCUCGGGAACCUCUCAACAGACCAAAAUUGUCAUUGAAGCAGGGGCUGUCCCAAUUUUUAUAGAGCUGCUUAACUCAGACUUUGAGGAUGUACAGGAACAGGCAGUCUGGGCUCUGGGAAACAUAGCUGGAGACAGUUCCGUUUGCCGAGAUUACGUCUUGAACUGUUCCAUCCUUAAUCCUUUGUUAACACUCCUUACCAAGUCCACACGACUGACAAUGACACGGAAUGCAGUGUGGGCCCUGUCAAACCUCUGCAGAGGGAAGAACCCACCCCCAGAGUUUGCAAAGGUCUCUCCUUGUUUGCCUGUAUUGUCUCGCCUGCUCUUCAGCAGUGACUCAGACUUGCUGGCAGAUGCUUGCUGGGCCCUCUCUUACUUGUCUGAUGGCCCCAAUGAGAAAAUCCAGGCAGUCAUAGACUCUGGAGUCUGCCGGAGAUUGGUCGAGCUUCUGAUGCACAAUGAUUACAAAGUGGCUUCUCCUGCCCUGAGAGCCGUGGGUAACAUUGUCACUGGGGAUGACAUCCAGACCCAGGUCAUUCUUAACUGUUCAGCCCUCCCUUGCCUCCUGCACUUGCUGAGCAGCUCCAAGGAGUCAAUCCGAAAGGAAGCUUGCUGGACCAUUUCAAACAUCACUGCUGGCAACAGAGCUCAAAUACAGGCUGUCAUAGAUGCAAAUAUUUUCCCUGUGUUGAUUGAAAUCCUUCAGAAAGCAGAGUUUCGUACAAGGAAGGAAGCAGCCUGGGCCAUCACCAAUGCCACAUCAGGAGGGACCCCUGAGCAGAUCAGGUACCUGGUGUCACUGGGCUGCAUCAAACCCCUGUGUGACUUGCUGACUGUAAUGGAUUCGAAGAUUGUUCAAGUGGCCCUCAAUGGACUAGAGAACAUCCUGCGUCUUGGAGAGCAAGAGGGCAAGCGUAGUGGCUCAGGGGUCAAUCCCUACUGUGGUCUCAUCGAGGAAGCCUAUGGCUUGGAUAAAAUUGAAUUUCUCCAGAGCCACGAGAACCAGGAGAUCUACCAGAAGGCCUUUGACCUCAUUGAGCACUACUUUGGUGUAGAAGAUGAUGAUAGCAGCCUGGCUCCCCAGGUGGAUGAAACACAGCAGCAGUUCAUCUUCCAGCAGCCUGAGGCCCCCAUGGAGGGCUUCCAGCUAUAAUGUCUGCCUCCGGGGAGGGGAGGGGAUGGGAAGCACCACCAACCAGCAGAAGAGCAGCCCUCUGGUGGGCGGGAAGACAGCCCCCCAUCAUCAGCUACCGUACACCUGCUGCCCUGGAGACUGUGCUCUUGACAUGCUCUGCCCCCUUCCCUGGAGGGAGCACCCUCUGGACUGACAGAACCAUCUGAGGCUCACAUUUGGGUUUUGUGACAAGAAGGGGACGUGUUGGGUUUUUCUUCCUUACACUAUAUUUUGACUGCACACAUGUCUUUAACCCAGGAGCCCAGGGGUAGACAAAGGAGGACUGAGGUAAUCAAUUUGCACCUUUUUUUAAUUUUUAUUUUUUUCUUUAGUGGUGACUUCCUUCCCGUUUAUCUUCCUUCAUCCUUCCCAGUCCUCUGCCCUGAUCUGUGUAACUCUUAUCUUGGGUACUUGAGCAGAUGGAAUUACCCCAGAGGUGGGAGGUGGGAGGGGAGGGGAGAAGUCCAAAACAAAGUGUUCUUGCUCUGACAGAAUAUUAAUCUUAUAUGCUUGGAUUGAGUUAUUUAAUUGUUUUUUUUCCUUUGCACAUUUUUCUUGUAUUAAGGUUGCUUUUCCCAAGAGCCAUGAGUUCCUGGUUUUAGAAAUCCCAGCUGCCAGCAUUGUCUGGGAAUAGAGGCUGAUAGGGAGGCCACCAUGAGACAAAGGCCCCUCUCUCCCUCUGACCCUUAGCCCAGACCUCCUUAAUUUGGGAGACCCCUCACUCUUCUGGGGCAUUUACACCAGUGGGAGUGGAGGGGAGGAGCACAGGCCUUCAGACAGGGCUUCCCAAGUGUAGCUACUGACCCCAUGUUUCCUACCCACCUUCCAAAUGGUGCAACCCAACUUCAUUUGUUUACUUGAAAAUUCCCCUCAGAGUUGAAUGAACCUCUGAGGUGGCUGUAUUUUCUCCUAAGCUUGAGACAGGAGGCUGUGGUCCCUUUCUCCUGAGGAGAAAAGUUCUUGCUCUGAUGACCCAUAAGUUGCAGAGGAGGUUGGAGUGAUAGUGUCAUGUAUUGGGAUAGUCAGGGAUCCCUGCCUUUGGCCUUUCUUCUUCCUCUUCCAUAGUUGGAUCAUGUAUAUUUUACUUCCAAAGGAGAGAAUGUCAAAUAGCUCUGUAUUUUUUUAUAUUCUAUAUAUUAGGUAGGUCAAUCUUAAUUGGUCUGAGGAGAAGGAACCGUCUGUAAUUUCUUUGAUUAGGAUACUGUGAGGAACACAAAAAGAUGUGGAAGCUCUCCUGCUCAGAAAGCCUGAGCUUGGUCCUUUUCCUCUCUGCUUGGAUUCUGGACCACCCCUUGGGACCAACCCUCAGCUCUGGAACCUUUAUAAAGCAGAUCAGCGUGUUGUGAUUGUCCCAGUAGCUGAAGGGAGUGAGGAAAGGCCUCAAAGCCUGGUGACAUCUACUACUUUAGUCCUCCUUCUUAGCAUCCUGCUUGUAUCAGGAAACCCAGAAAGCAGUCUGCCUUCUCAAACUCAAUCUCAAAGGCCAUUAUCCACAUACUUUGUCACACACAGCUGCCUCUCCUAUUAUAGAAACUUAGCAGCCUGAAUAUUCCUGGAGAACUGUUGGUAUCUUCCCUGUUUGGGAUCCUUGUACCUGGUUUGAGUUUUCCUUUCCUUGUGACAAUUAUAAUCCAGAUUCCUUUUCUUUGUCCCUGAGUAAAGCUAGUGUAGUGCCUCAGUGGCUUGCCUGUGCCUCUGGUGGGUUAUAUAUGAGAGUAAAGCCCAGCUGUUGGGGAUGUGGUAGAGGAAGUUGUCAGCUAAUUGUAGAGUAGCUGUGGAGCUGGCAGCAGUCUGCUCUGCCCUUUGCAUCAUCUGCACUGUGGUUAGUUAGAGAUGUCCUGCUCUAAGCUACAAACAUCUAAGAACGACAAACAUUGUCGUUCUUGCUCCCAUUCCUAUAUAACCCCUUUUGGCUCAGGUGAAAUCUAUACCCCUUUGCUUACGGAACUAAAGUUCAGGUUCUGAUUGUUGGCUAUUGGUCUUGAAUUUGCCCUCACUCAAGAACCAUUUUCUGAGGAAGACAUUUAGGACUAGCAGUUUAUACUGAACAAUCACACUAGUCUUGUGCUUCCAUGUUGAGUCAGACGCCACUUGUCAGUUUAGGAUUGGCCUCCCCAAUCUCCUGGGAAGGGGUGGGACCUUUUUCACCUGGCCUGUUGCCUCCAUUACAAAACUAUUCCAAAGGACAACUUCCACCACUGCCCACCAUCAACCUUGUCUGAAGGUCAGAGCAACUUAGCAGGAUCUACUUUAUACAUCUCAAGCAACAGUUAAAACAGUUAAGUUCCUGACUACAGCCAGAUUCUUAGUGUGAGACAGAAAUUUUCUGCUUUCCCAACUGGUCCUCUAAAAUCUGUUUGGCUUCUGAUCUGGGUCCUCUAACAGAUGGAAGACUGUUGGUCAUGCAGCUGCUGCUUAAAGCCAGUUUCUCCAAAGACUUUAAAGGCAGAAUUCUACUGGUACAAUGUGUGGACAAAUUUCAGAGAAAACUGGCUUCUUGGAGAUUUUCCUUGUGUCUAUCCCUAAUCAUAUUUUCCCUAAAUUUCCUUAUAGUCCAUAGGUGAAGUUCUUUCAGCCCAA